AUGUCUACUGGCAACCCAUCGUCGUCCGUGUUGUCCUGCUGCGGAGGCAUAGAGGCACGCCGCGACGCACUCGCAGCAGAAACCCCAUCAACUUCAAAGAGCCCGAAGGGACAGGCAGUGGCGCAAGCUUCGGUGCCCACCGCAUGUAAAUUGGGAGAUCAUGAGAAAAGUAAACGGGCUGCCGCCGUGCGAUGGACAUCGCCACCCCGCAACACCGCCGUUGUGGCGGAUGCAGCCGUAGUGAGGCCGCGGGAAGAAAAAAAAUGGAUGGAGUUCCAAAGUGAAAAACGGCCCCCGCCUACAACUUCACCGUCCACCGUUGUCAAGGCAUUGGUUGACACAACCACAAUCGCGGCGGGACGUGACGGUCCGCUCUCCCUUGAGAGUCUUCUUACUGAAUCGCAGCAGCAGCUCUCGGAACUGCUAUGGCACAGGCGUCGCUGCCGCACGCUACAGGCGGCCUUGGACACCUCGCUGGAGCGUCAGAAGGUCCUUGAAAACGACCUUCUUGCGUCAAGCGCCGAGGCGCACAACGCGAAGGAGCAGCACCGCGCUUACGUCGCUGCCACGGCUGAGGAGCUGCGUCUGGCGAAGGCCGGGCUGCAAGCAGCUGAGAACGCGCUGCGUGUCAUGGAGGAUGAGGUGGGUGGGCUGCGAAGGGAGAAUGGACGUCUCCGCACGUUGCACCAGCAGGCGGAGGCGGAUCGCGCCGUGUGGCGCCGCCAGCACGAUGGACUGGAGAAGGAAGUGGCGCGCCUACGUGCGGAGAGGGAGCUGGUCGAAGGGGAACUCACCACCUGCCGAGCACGAUGCGGCGCACUGGAGAAGUUGCACGCUGCAACGGAGGCAACCGUGGGCGCGGCUGCGGCGGUCCCUCAUGAAGAGGAGGCGAGGUACACCGCCGAUGGUUAUGAGGAGGAGGAGGAUGCUGCGACAAAAGACGAGCUCCGCGCUGCCGUACAUGUGCUGCAGCGGGAGCUGGAGCGGCAGUGUGCCGAGAUGGAUGCCGUGAGGAAAUCUGCGGAGGCGUUUCGGCAAGAUGUACGUGACUUGGUUGCAGCGGCGUGGAAGCGGUUGAUGGCGUUGGGAGAACGUGGCGCGCAACUCACUUCCGCCCUCGCAGCCGACGGCAAGCGACUGCAGCCGCUGGCAGAGGUGCACGGGGAGGAUGCGCCGGACGUUGACUCUGCCCCUGCCGCCCUCACAUCUCUUCUGCGGCGUCUGGAGCAGCAGUGGAGCGGCGUUGCGGAGACGGCGAUUUCAACGCACCGCGAGUCCCAAGAACGCCUGAAGGAACUGCAGGAUCGAUUCGAUGCCAUGAAGGACACACAUGCCGUGGAACUGCAGGCGAUGAAAAGCGCCACGCAGGCGGCGGCCGACCAAACACAUCGCAUGGAGCUUCACUACACGCAGCUGUUCCGCGCCAUGGAACGACAGAGUCGCACGGUGCUUGCCGCCAUCAACACCGAUGUGCGAAGGCGCAAGGGGGCCAAAACCUCACACGGCAGGGAGGAGGGAGAGGAAGACAAGUGGAAUGGCACAAGUACUAGCGAUCUCAGUCAGGAAGAUAACAUCGAGGGGCAGAGCGAAGAACACAUGCGAAUAAUAUCGCCUGAUGCCGAUGCACUCCGACCAAAUGCGUGGAGCUUGGGCUCGAAGGGGUAUUUGACGUGUGAGAAGAUAUUGGAACCUUCCAAUGAGAGAGCGGUGUAUGCGUUGGUGCGGCGCACCCACCAGGCGACGCGAAGCGCGGCCCGACAGCUACGAGAGGCACGUUCAACGCGUGAAGCCCUUGCUAAACUGCAGGAAGAGAAGCAGCGGCAGUCGGUGCUCAUACAUGAGGAACGCGUGCGGCAUCAAGCCACGGUGCGGCGCUUGCAGACGUCUCUGAACUCGGCAAACGAGACAGUGUCCUCCCUGCAAACACAACUCGCUGCGGCCACACGUACGAGUGAGACAGAACAACAUGUUCUUCUGCGGCGAGUGGAGGCGGCCGAGCGGGAUGUUCAGGCCAAGUUGAAGCAGGAGCGGCAGUUGCAGAGGCAACUACGUGAGGCGCACGAGAAGUAUGAGGCUGUAGCACGGGAGGCAGCCGUGCGGGAUGGCACGAUUGUCGAACUGAAAACAAAGCUUGCCGCGCGCCAGGAGUUGACACGUGAGGAACAAUUUGACUUGAAUACACUGCGCGGUCGAUGCGGUGAUUUGGUUCGCAUGACAGACGUCCUCGAGACACAGGUGCGGCGUGAGGUAGGGAAUCAAGACGUCCUCUAUGCACUCGCAAGGAAACUGUGUGCCGCGCUGACUGUGUUGACGCUGCGGCUGAAUAGCAUAGUGGCAGAGCGGGUUGCUCUUUGGCGCGCCUAUGAAGCGCAAACAGCUGAUUGCCGUGCCGCCGUGCAAGCCAUUCAGGAGUUUAUAAAAAAGGAGGAGGAGAGCGGGGAGGAGACGGUGUUGGAAUUGAAAAAGAUGGGCCAAGUGCUAAGUUUGCACCACGGACGCUCACUGUAUGCGGUUGUAACGGUUGUGAUGGCAUGCGGGCGUAUGCGCCACCUCGGGUCCUCCCGUUCCAAUAGUCGCCGUGUUAAGUUUAUUGUCAGCAAUGAGGGCGGCGGGCGCGCCAACAGGCAGAACGGCGGUGGAGUCUAUACGAGUAGGGCGCAGCCCCCCUCCUGGCGGAUGUUGACUUCCAACAACAUACUUAGCCUUGUAGAGUCGGUUCCGAUUGUGGCUGCCGCGCUUCGACGGCAACGCGGAGGCACGGAGAUGACAUUUGUGCAGCUUCCUCCGCUGCAGACUCUUCUUGGCGUUAUUGCGCCCCAUGCUGGAGGCGGCACGGCUGAGCCUGAGGAGGCUGAUGCUUUGGAGCGAACAUUGGCUCUUGCAGAGUUGCACGCCGACGCGGAGGUGAAUAGCCCCUGUUUUGGAGCUCAUCUCUCACGGGGGUUGACUUCUGCUGGCGCUGGUGGCCCCCUGCGACGUCGGGCUACGCCGCGCGUCGGUUUUCGCGACAUGCCUUGCCGCGGAACGCUCGCACAAACGCUUCAUGCCGUUCUUGGGGUUAUGCGUGGCGCCCUUGCGGAGGUGCGUAGGCGGAUGCGACAGCAGGAGUUACGCAUUCAGGUGGCAGAGGAGGAAGGCCAGCAGCUGCGCCGCGUGGCCCAGGAACGCGAGGAAGUUGCUGCGGGAGUUGCACAGAAGCUCCGCGAGUAUGAGCGAUACGUCGCCACUUCCUUCGUUGCCCGUGAUGCCUAUCAGCAGCUGCAGGAGCAGUUACGUGGGGCUCAUGACGCCCUCCAGAAGGAGCGUGAAUCCCGGCGAACGACGGAGGAGGCGAAUGCCGCGUUGUGCCAACGGGAACUUGAGCUGACGCGAACCGUGCAGCACCUGCGCGGUGAACUGCGCUCGCUCUCGAUGGAGUUGGCGGAACGGCCUUCUCAUGACCUUCCGCAGCCCCAGCCGCAUGCUGGUUGGCGGCUCCCGACGCCGCCGCUGUCACCGUCUCGGGGCGGAGUCGUAAAUGCCGGCAGAGGCAGCAACGUAGCCCAGCUGUACGUCCCGCGGUCUGUGAGAGUGACGUCGUCGCCGCACUUCACCACGUGCCCCACGGACCUGCGCCCAAACAACAACAACAACAACGAUGACGACGAGGCUGGCGGUCAGUGGGACGAGGUGGUGCGGGGGGUUAUUUCAGAUUUGGGGCUGCGGCUUGCGCAGGCUGAGAACCCCACACCGUAG